CGCCGUGCAUUGUGGGUGAGAACGAGCGGAGCAGAUUCAGUGUUCCUAGGGAUGAAGCGGCUGUCCUGUUAGGAGCGGACGCGGAGACGUUUGAAUUAGCUUUAGCGGAAGAGAAAUGGAGGAGCCGUAGACUAUUAAGGAUGAAUUCAGGAAGGCCUGAGACCAUGGAAAACUUGCCUGCACUGUAUACUAUUUUUCAAGGAGAGGUUGCUAUGGUGACAGACUAUGGAGCUUUUAUCAAAAUCCCAGGCUGUCGGAAGCAAGGUCUGGUCCAUCGAACUCACAUGUCGUCUUGUCGAGUGGAUAAGCCUUCUGAGAUAGUAGAUGUUGGAGACAAAGUGUGGGUGAAGCUUAUUGGCCGAGAGAUGAAAAAUGAUAGAAUAAAAGUGUCUCUGUCCAUGAAAGUUGUCAACCAAGGAACUGGGAAAGACCUCGACCCCAACAACGUUAUCAUUGAGCAAGAAGAGAGGCGCAGGCGAUCCUUCCAGGACUACACUGGGCAGAAGAUCACCCUUGAGGCCGUCCUGAACACGACCUGCAAGAAGUGUGGCUGCAAAGGCCACUUUGCAAAGGACUGCUUCAUGCAGCCAGGCGGAACCAAGUAUUCUCUGGUCCCUGAAGAGGAAGAGGAAAAAGAGGAAGCAAAGGCAGAAGGCCUUGAGAAACCUGAUCCCACAAAGAAUUCUUCCAGGAAGAGAAAGAAGGAAAAGAAGAAGAAGAAACAUAGAGACAGGAAGUCGUCUGACUGUGAUAGCCCUGACUCUGAGAGUGACACGGGCAAGAAGGCGAGGCACACAGCAAAAGACAGCAAGGCUCCAAAGAAGAAAAAGAAGAAGAAGAAACACAAGAAGAAGCACAAGGAAUGAUGGUGGAGCAGGCCGCAGCAGCCUUGGCUCCUGCAAAGACUUACUAGUGAGAAUGUGGCCUCCUACCCCACUGACUCUGUCCCCAUGGUCUCGGAUGGCUUUUCCUCAUGCAGCAAGCAGAUUGGGGAGCCAGAGGGCAGCUCCCAAAAUGGUUUUUCCUUGUUGCUCCUGAUCCCUUUGCAAGUGACCCCUGCACCCAUCGCAUUCACGAGCUCAGUUUCUUCAUUCAGCAGAAGGGUCUAGUACCACCCCGGCUGCCACUGCCAGAGCUGGAUUCCGUUGCAGGAGUCUGUGCUGGAGCCACAGGUGCUACUGUGGAGGUGAGCCUGGCUGUGGCGGAAGAGCCACCCUGACCUGCCUGCUGUCUGGGGUGGUUGUGGGUGGACUCUGCGGCCUCUAUUCGCUCAGCCAGGGCCUGUGAGGAGGACAGUGUUUGCAGUGACCGCUGAACCAGAGAUCUGUAGCCAAGGUCAUUGCUCUGCUUCUAUCACUGUGUGACUGACUGGUUCCAUUUCAGGCCUCUGCUUAAAUUCCUGGCAUAACUGGAAACGUGUUUGGUUUUAAACUUUGCAGAAGGCUUCAUUCCUAUAAUCCUUCCUGGGUGACUUAGAGACUUAACACAUCAGUUCACAGAAAACACUUAAUAUGUUAUCCAAGACCCUGGAAAGAGGCCAAGCAGAGGCACAAAGCCAAGGCCACUAGCAGGUCACAGCUUUCUUGAGAUUACUUAUAAAUCCUCUCUUCCACAGUGAAGACCUCUUUCCCCUGGGCUGACUAGGAAACCAGUGUUUGUAACCUGAGGACUUGCUGGGCAUGAUGAGUGUGUGGCUCUUAGCAGUCACCUCCCACCAUAGUGGUCCACGCGUGGACCUUGAUGUCCUGAACUUGUACUCCAAAGAGAGGGUGACCACAGCAUACCACGUAGCUAAUCCAGGACUGUUGUGUGCAGGAUGGAUGUGAAGUAGCCACUCAGUGACAGCCAGCUCCUCUGAGCAGGGGCGGGUCAGUGCAAAGGCUCGCAUAGGUGCUGCUGUCUCCGCACUGAGCCCGAGACUGUCCACUCAGCUCCUUAUCAGCCCUGCUUCCCAGGUGACCUGCAGGCCUUCACUUCAGCACUGACACACAGGAAAGAAGACCAAAGGCAGAGGCAACUGGGUGGCCUUGGCUCUGCUUUAUUGACCUUGGAGCACCCUUUGGAUACAGUUUUAAAAAAUAAACCACAUACACAAUGGGA